GACAUCAGGCCGCGGACCCGUAUUUGAUAAGAUGUAGUCUCAGAGAUCCCAUCUGAUAAGAUGUAGUUAUUCCAUAACUGUCUGUACUGUAGACUGGCAGAUUAACAGUGAAGAGAAACCUGUGAACAGAAUAGUAAUUUUUAUACAUUCUCUCACAAAUAAUAGUGAAAUUAAAAUGUUCCCCAUUUUUCGUUGGCUUAAAGGACGGUGCCAAUCAAACUUCAUCGAUUCCUAAUAGUUUUUUGUAUACAUAUUAGUCACCCACUUUCAUAGCCAAACAAUAAUAAUACCUCAGCACCAGUAAAAGUGGGAAAGUAGUGGUAAAUUUCGCGAAACUGAUUUUGUCUAUACUGAGCUACCGUACUCAAUCAGGUCAUAUGACUUUGUUUACUAGCAAAGCAUGCUCGUUAACUGAGCUCACAACUAUAUCGCUGCUAAACCAUAAAAAAAAUAUAUACAUAAAGACUUGAAAGUAAUUCUAAAAAUGCCUAUUUUUAAAAAGCAUUUAUGUACUAAGGCUGCGGUCUUAUGUCGCGCUGUGUAAGUUAAUGUAAUGUUUAGUUUAGCUUCUCGUGUCUUGGAGCUUGCUAUAAGCUAUCUAGCUAACUAUAAGAAGAAACUCAUGUUUAGUGUGACUUAGCGGUUUUAAACCAUCACAGCCUGCAGAUAUGCGCUCCCUGAACUACGUCCAGCGUGUCAGCUUGGAUUUCUCGGGAACUCUGUUUCCUCAUGCUAUCUGCCUGGGAGAUGCAGACAACGACUCGUUGAAUGAGCUGGUUGUGGGGGACACCAGUGGAAAGCUGCUUGUUUACAAGAAUGAUGACUCCAAACCCUGGAUCACAAGACACUGUGUGGGCAUGCUGACUUGUGUUGCAGUUGGAGACGUCUGCAACAAAGGGAAGAACUUGGUGGUCGCCGUGGGUGCAGAGGGAUGGUUUCACCUCUUUGACUUGACAGCUGCAACUGGGAGCAAAUCGGAUUCAUCCAGCCAGCAUGAAUUCCUGUCAUUUGAAGACCAGAGGCCCUUCUUCACCCAGCAUAUUCCUGCCAACACCAAAGUCAUCCUCAUCAGUGAUAUUGAUGGUGACGGGCGCUGUGAGCUGGUGGUGGGCUACACAGACCGAGUGGUGCGAGCUUUCCGUUGGGAGGAGCCGUCUGAUGGUUCAGAUAUAGGAUCUGGACAACUGGUUCUGCUGAAGAAAUGGCUUCUGGAAGGACAGGUGGACAGUCUGUCAGUGAACCCUGGUCCAGAAGGUUUACCGGAGCUGAUGGUGUCGCAGCCAGGCUGUGGUUACGCCAUCCUGCUGUGUUCCUGGACACAACAAGACUCCUCCGGCUCCGGGGAGGAGGCCCCUGCCACCCCUGGGAGUGAAGGACCUUCCAGAGAUAUAAUUCUCCACCUGACCACCGGGCGGAUUCACAACAAGAAUGUUUCAACUCACCUCAUCGGCAGCAUAAGCAAAGGCUCAAAAGAGGAAUCUUCUAAAUGUGGGCUGUUUGCUCUCUGCACUUUAGAUGGAACCUUGAAGUUGAUGGACAGCUCAGAGCAGCUGUUGUGGUCGGUGCAGGUGGAUCAUCAGCUCUUUGCUCUGCAGAAGCUUGAUGUCACCGGCGACGGCAGAGAGGAGGUGGUGGCGUGUGCCUGGGAUGGUCAAACCUACAUCAUCGACCACAAUCGGACAGUAGUGCGGUUCCAGUUCGACGAGAACGUCAACGCCUUCUGUGCGGGUCAGUAUACGUGUAAGGAGGGUAAGAACAGCCCCUGCCUCGUUUACGUCAGCUUCAAUCAUAAAAUCUACAUCUACUGGAAGGUGCAGCUGGAGCGCAUGGAGUCCACUAACAUGCUGCGGGUCCUGGAGGAGAAACCCGAGUUCAAGAGCCACCUGAAGUCGCUGGGAGUCGAUGCUGAGGACCCAGCAGCAGUGAGAGCACUGGUGGCGAAUGUACUCUACAAGGAUUCACAGUGACACACAUCAACACGCUGCCCUCUCUUGUUUUUCACCGUGACUGUAAAUACUCUGUUAAUAAACACUGAACGUCUGUCUCCAGC